AUGCUUUCACAAUAUAUCGAGUUGCUUUCGCACCAGUAUGACCAAGUUGAGUUCAUGAGACGAAGUGGUGGCAAUCAUUUGGGUGCAUUAUUCAAGUGUUCCGGGUUUCAAUGUGUACCAUGCAGCAACGCAAGUGUAAUUUUUUGUUCCAAAGCCUUACUAUGGACUCUACAACGACUCAGGCCACCAUUAUUUUUGUGUCAUUAUUUUUCAAACUGUUAUUGCAGUUCUCUUUCAUUUGUGAAUUUUAUACUGCAGGACAGCGGAGGACGUAUAGACAAGGUUGGAGAGGCAUUGCUGGAGCAGCUUGAUGACCUGCUUAAAUUAGAAAUGAACGAUCAACUUAUGAAAACCAUCGUCCAACUUCUCUGUGGGCGCAGUCUCGAUGCAUCUGAAGCCACGGAACCUUCUGUCAGUCAACUACUUACAAAAUUAGUCGCGUUUGCAAAGGGUCAUCCUCAACUAAGCGAGUCGGUGAAGACUCAAAUAAUGAGUGUAGUUGAAUUGCGUAAAAACGGAUGGGGUGUGACUCCGCGAGUAAGUGGAGCUGCAUCCGAUGCUGUUCCGUCUUCUUCUUCAUUAUCUGUACCGUCCAACGAAGCUGAUGUUAUUGUUGGUGAAGAUGGCGUCGCGUUGGAAUUGAAUGAAGAAGAACGAUCGUUCCUGGAAUCACACAUUGGGAAAGAUUUGUACGUUAUAUGUUCAGGCCUCGAUGAUCCUGAACAAGAUCAGUCAUUCGACGAACAGGAGGUCUUAAAGGAUUUCGGUGCUUUCGUUAAAGAAGAGGAGGAUCGUAAGACAACGUCUAUGUUGGAAAAACUAGAAGUGUGUGAUCGAGAUAACUAA